UAACAGCUGUUUUUACGUUGACGUUUUUCUGAAUCUGAUAUUUUUACAAUAAUGAGUUGGGUUGCGCGAGUUAAUCGAACCAACGACGUAACCAGUAACUCACCGGAGCAAUGUAAAGAUGAUAUUGUGAAAUUAAACUGUGCACUAAAGGCUAUAAUACAGGACAUAUGGGAGUGCAAGGGACCCGUGCUUGCUCUCAAUGAUUUGAACAAGGAUGCACGAAGAUUGGUGAAUGAACUUCGAUCUAAGAUUUCUGAGCUUGAUGAACUUGCAAAUGUUGCCGAUCAAGAACGAGUUCGACUCGAUUUAAAAGAGGAUGUUGAAAACCAAACAAAGCAACUCGAAAACACACAAGCUACACUGCGUAAAGCAAAUCUAACAUGCAAACUUGCUAUCGAUAACAGAGAAAAAGAUGCUUUGCUUGGAUCAAGAGAAACAAGGACUCAGCAGAUUCGACAUCGAAAUACAGUCGCGAGUCGGCAAAAUAUAGCACAAAGUGCGAGUGACAUCACUGAAAACUUACUUACUAUCAGUAGAACAUUAGACAACACAGUUCAUCAAAGCUCCCAUGCUCUUAACAGUUUAGUUAGCUCAUCAAAGACUGUUAAAGACACGGACACCGAAUUGAAGAAUCAAGCUGGAUUGAUACAAACUGGUCACCGUUUGCUCACCAAGUACAACAGGAGAGAAUACACGGAUAAGAUUCUCAUAUUUCUUGCACUUGCAUUAUUUUUCUCAACUGUUUUGUAUAUUUUAAAACGAAGGUUAUUUCCUUCUUUAUGAAGCUGGGGGUAGUUAAACAAUGUCUAUUUUUGGAACUAGGUGCAAUAACAAAGUAAUACAAAUGCAUUGCUAAGAGCAGACAUGGCUAUUUAUAAAUAAUAAAACGUGUUUUAAAAACAA